AUGGGUGCAAAUGGAAGUAGUGAGAUUCAAGUAAACUUUAAUCAUCCAAAUUUAUUCUAUUUUGCUGGUGAACAAAUAUCAGGCAAUAUUUCAUUUCAAAAUACACAAGACAAAUUAAUGUUAGAUGCAAUUUUUCUUGAAUGUGUUGGUGAACUUGGAUAUACAACACAAGAACACCGUCAUUAUCAUGAUAAAGAUGGACAACAACGAACAGAACAAUAUACAAAAUAUCAUCAAAUACCGUUUUUAAAUUUUCGUGUUAUUGUUGCUCAACCUCAAUAUGGUCAACGUGAAAUAACUCUUUAUCGUGGUCAGCAUUCAUGGCCAUUUGAAUUUGUUUUACCCUCGAAUUUACCUCCAUCAUUAAUUCCAUCAACAAUUUCAUAUCCUUAUGUUAAAUAUUAUACACGUAUCGUCCUUGAUCAACCAUGGUACAAACCAAAUGCUAAACAAGUUUUCCCACUGACCAUUUUUCCUCGUGUUAAUCUUCUUCAUAUACCAGGUGGACAACAACAAGUAGCUUUUUCAAACCAAAAUCGAAAGAAGAUUCGGUUACAAGGAUGUUUAGUUCGAGGUGGCGUUUUACCUGGUGAAAAACUUGCGAUUCAUAUUAAUCUUCAAAAUCCUAAGCGAGCAGAAAUUAAAAGAAUUGAAGUAACAUUAAUUCAACAUCGACAAGUCGCUCAAAAUUGUCAUGCAGAAGUAAUAUUUCGACUAGAUUUACCAGAUGUACGUGACUUUAAUGAUACAGAAUUACGAAGAACUUUUGAUCUUACUGUUCCUGCUGCACAUUUAUCUCCUACCUACACAUAUAUGCCACCAUCUUUUACUCUAACACUAGGAGUUUCAAUCAACUAUGAACUGAUAUUAGAUGUAAAAGUACGUGGGUUAUUUACUGAUUUCAAAAUAAGUGUGCCAGUCAUUGUUGGUACUGAUCCAAGAUCAGUUGAGCAACAACAACAACAAAUGAAUUAUCCGAUGGAAGUACCUACGGCUAGUGCUCCAGUAUUCGAGUAUGAUGAGCCACCGCCAAGUUAUGAUGCAGUAGUUGCAAAUCAGAAAAUAUAA